UCUAAUAUCCAGGCUCUGUAUAGGACAUACUCUCUUAAAUUAUUAUUACAUUUUAAUUUCACAUUUUACAUUAAUAAUACACUAUAGGAAAAAGUGAGUCAGAUCGAUGUAUACAUUGUGAAAUGUCUAAAACAGUUGAGCAUGUGAUACUGCAGUGUGAGGCAUGCAAUAUAGAAAUAAUACAAUUUGUGGGAAAAUUAAGGGAUCUCGGAAUAUAUACAAUAACAUUAGAAAAUAUAUUUCAAUGUACAUUGAGAAAGGUAAGAGUAUACUGCAUUAUCUUUAAAUACUUGCGGGACACAGGUUUGAUUAAUAGGUGGUUUAAUUUUUUUUUUUCUCCAGCUAAACGUUACACUCCAUCCCAGUAGGUGGCGGUAAUGCACCUUAAGCUGGUUUGCCAACCGCCAUAAAACAAUAAAAGAAAAAGACGAAGGAAACUCACACACACACUUGGUCUCGGAGCUUCCUUGUCUACACGGGCUUGGAAGCUCUGUUCUUCUCUGUGACAUCACUUAAGGUGAGUUCAUCUGAAACUUACCACCUGACCUAUUCGGUUAACAGAGUCCAGACGGCGCUCUUUAAGAAAAUCUCCACAGACUCCUGCUGCUACUGGCUCAGAGAUGUACCACUGCUCAGAUUGUGGGGAGAGUUUUACUAAAGGUCAUCAGCUCAAAGAUCACGAGCGGAUUCACACAGGAGAGAAGCCAUUUUACUGUGGACAGUGUGGGAAGAGUUUUACUUUUCAGAGUAAUCUCCAACAACACGAGCGCAUUCACACAGGAGAGAAGCCGUAUCACUGUGGACAGUGUGGGAAGAGUUUUACCCAACCAUGGACUCUCCAACGACAUGAGCGCAUUCACACAGGAGAGAAGCCUUAUCAAUGCUCGCAGUGUGGGAAAAGUUUUACUUUACGGUGUAAUCUCCAACGACACCAGCGUAUCCACACAGGAGAGAAGCCGUAUCACUGUGGACAGUGUGGGAAGAGUUUUACUUGCCAGCGUACUCUCCAACGACAUGAGCUCAUUCACACAGGGGAGAAGCCGUAUCUCUGUGCACAGUGUGGGAAGAGUUUUUCUUUUCAGAGUAAUCUCCAACAACACGAGCGCAUUCACACAGGAGAGAAGCCGUUUCACUGUGGACAGUGUGGGAAGAGUUUUACUCAACCAUGGACUCUCCAACGACAUGAGCGCAUUCACACAGGAGAGAAGCCGUAUCACUGUGGACAGUGUAAGAAGAGUUUUACUUGCCAGAGUAAUCUCCAACAGCAUUUGCGCAGUCACACAGGAGAGAAGCCGUAUCACUGUGGACUGUGUGGGAAGAGUUUUACUUUUCGGAGUAAUCUCCAACAGCAUGAGCGCAUUCACACAGGAGAGAAGCCUUAUCACUGCUCGCAGUGUGGGAAAAGUUUUACUUUACAGUGUAAUCUCCAACGACACCAGCGUAUCCACACAGGAGAGAAGCCAUAUCACUGUGGACAGUGUGAGAAGAGUUUUACUUGCCAGCGUACUCUCCAACGACAUGAGCGCAUUCACACAGGGGAGAAGCCAUAUCUCUGUGGACAGUGUGGGAAGAGUUUUUCUUUUCAGAGUAAUCUCCAACAACACGAGCUCAUUCACACAGGAGAGAAGCCGUAUCACUGUGGACAGUGUGGGAAGAGUUUUACCCAACCAUGGACUCUCCAACGACAUGAGCGCAUUCACACAGGAGAGAAGCCGUAUCACUGUGGACAGUGUAAGAAGAGUUUUACUUGCCAGGGUAAUCUCCAACAGCAUUUGCGCAGUCACACAGGAGAGAAGCCGUAUCACUGUGGACUGUGUGGGAAGAGUUUUACUUUUCGGAGUAAUCUCCGGCAGCAUUUGCGUAUUCACACAGGAGAGAAGCCGUUUCACUGCUCGCAGUGUGAGAAACGUUUUCGUGACCAGAGGACCCUCCACAGCCACCAGCAGAGACAUACAGGACAGAAGCUGUACCUCUGUGGACAAUGUGGGCGGAGCUAUACACUUUCAAGUUCAUUAAGGACACACAAGUGCUCUAACAUAAAACCAUCAGACAUUAAUUUCUCAAAUUAAGAUGUGUUUUUAAUUUUCAUUUUUUUAAAGGGAGGUAAAGAGACAUUCAGGCAUUAAACUAUAAUAUUAUAUUAUUUGUCAUGGACUGUAGUAUUCUGUUCCAUGGGACUUUAUUGCUUCCUCCCUGGAUUUUAGCAAAAUUCAUGACUUUAUUUUGUUUUCCUGUUUUUCUCCAAAUGCUACAGUGAGCACUGGCUUGCUUUAUACCGGAGAAAUUUUUGGCUCGUACGGAAACCCUCCAGACUACGACCUCUUUCUUCACUCGAUUAAUUAUUUUUUGACAAAGAACUGUUGCAAAAUAAAAUUUAACCCUGUACAAGUUCAAAACUUUACUUCCGUUUGCUGAAAAACAGUGUUUUUUCUGUCACAAAGCUAAAGGUUAUUCGUUUAUCCGUAUUAUGUCUAUGUAUAGCAAAGAUUUAUAUAGAAAUGAUAAUGUUGUCUUUUUUUUUGUUUAAAAAAUGUACCUUAGAGUAAAUAAAAAGCAUUCCUUUACUUUUGUACAAUGUGUUAACUCUCUAGAUAUGUUUCAUUUGCAUGUGUAGUGGAAUAUUAAAUGACAAUGCUUCACAAGAAAAUUGUUGAUGCAAAGUUAUUUUAUUGAAAUAAAGGGUAACACAAUAUAACAUUCUUUGUCCCUCAUCAUUUCUAAAACCAAACCAGUCAGAACUGUUAAAAACAGGAGAUUUGAAAAUUGGCUCAGAAUCAUAGUCUUUGCUUUUAGGUGGGGGAAAAAGAUGAGCGAUAUCUUUAGAUCUUUUUAUGUCAGAUAUUUUGUGUCGAACACCUCAGUUAGGUAUUGCUGGAAAGGGUAUAUUUAGGUUGGCUAUUUUCUGUAAGACCUCUUUCCAGCCUAAAGGCCUCCAAUCGUCGGAUACUCGAUAUGGUGCCGUGAGAUUUUUUUAAGCAAAUCCACCAUGUGAGAUCCUUUGAUAGUGUUUCCUUUAAAAAUAAAUUCACCGCUUUUGUUACACAAAGCACCGGCUUUUAAAAGUUUUUCCAUAACGUACGAAGCAUUUCUUUUGUUUCUCGCAGAAAUGCUAGCAAGCACCUCUUGUACGAUCUCGUCUUUGGGCGGUUCGAUCACCAUUGCUUCCGUUUUGCUUUCCAGUAUUUUAGGUAGGGACAGGUUCAGUUGAGCAGUUUCCUGUUCUACUAGUUUAACCAAGUUCAAAAAAUUUUGCAGCACCGGCGUGUAGAGUUUCGCCUUAUCAUAAUCAUUCAGAUCAGUCCUUGACAAAAUACCUCGUAUUGCAUCGUCCAAGUUGUUUUUGACAGUCUUUCUUAAGCUUUCCUUCUCUGUGGUGAUGUUUCUAAGUUUAUCGAGCUGAUGUUGAGGGACUAAAUACAUUUUCUCUGCAGUCUCCAUGUUAACUGUUGCGGGAUGCGAUUAAGCUGCUUAUAAAAUAAAUGGCUACACAGAGCAAAGGCAGAAGAAAUCCACCGGAUUGAUUAAUAACUUUCCUUUUUCUUUCUACAGACACUCUUUUAUCCGCAAAUAAUUUGAUCCAUUGUUUGUUUUUUUAAAACCUGGUAUUGUUUUGUCGUCAGCGGUAUGUUCCCUCUGAGUACGUUUAAAGCUAGUUCACAUAUGCUCAGGAUGAGAUCUGUGGGCACAUCACGUAAUAUAUCCUUUCUCCUUCGGGGUGGCGGCUGGUGUGAUGAAUUCAGCAAUGGGAGGGUUUUUUUUUUUUUUCCAAUCGAUCAGACAUUUGUUGUCAAUACUUUAAAGGUUUUUUUUUUUUGUUUUUUUUUUUUUUUUUUUCCAGAACAUACACAACCAGAUUCUCCCGGAAACAACCCUGAGCAGAGAUGAAGUUCUUCUGGUGUUUGUGCUUUCAGGUCAACAAAUAAAUACCCGUAAGGUCUAGAGACAGCAUCGAGAAAGCAUUCUAAAAAAUACUUGCUGUUACCCAGAUACAUCUGACGAGCCAGUAUGCUGAUCUGUAAUUUGUCUCUAGGGUUUUUAAAAAGAACCAUGUAGUUGGUGUUCAGGUUGAUUGUUCUGCUAGUCUUGCCUUGAAAAAACAAGUUUGGAAUGAGAUAGAUGAUGCUCAGUCAGGUGGGUGUAUUUUGUAAAAACCUUUUCUACUUCGUUUUUACUUGCAGAUUCCAUCAACUCAUCGAUUACCAACAAGUUUAUUUUAUUGGGAGGAAAUAGUUCGUCAUCACACAAAGAAAUCUUCCUUGAAGAAAUUUUAUAUUUAUUAUGAUCAUCAAUUCAUCGUACAGAGGUUGCCAACACGUAUAACACCAGACAAUGUUUUCGGGAACUACCGGCAUUGCCUCUUUACAGUUUUCCAACAACAUUUUGAUAAAAUAAGAUUUUCCGCUAUUACUCGGUCCACAUACGAUACAUGAAAAGGGAAGUUGCAUCCUAGCAUCAAAAGCAGUCACGUUCAUAU